CGAUGAUCUCGUGCAGCGCACGCCACUGAUUCUGCGGUAAAGAUGGCGGCGGCGGAGGGGGCGCGCAGCGGCUGGAGCAGAACGGAACGACCCCAGACUGGUCCGCUUUAAGAGAAACAGUGCUGGGGGCGUGAGGAUCGUACAUUCCCGUUCAAUAGAGCUGCUUAUCCGGUGCCGUUUGGUAGAAUUUAAAGAUAAGACUGUGUCUUGUUAGCUGUUAGGUGGUGGGUGGGUUCUCUCGCUCUCUCUUACACACACACACACACACAUACACGGACUGCUAAGCUAAGCUAACGGAGCUCGGUCCGGUCCAGUAGAGGAGGAAAAAGAGGGGUGACCAAGAAGGGGAAGACUAUCAUCCCGAGCAGAACAGGCCGUCGUCCCGCGGGUCGUUUGUUGUGGGAUGUGAGGUGAGGGGUCCAAACGGACAGCGGGUCUUUCCACGGAUCUGUGUUAUUUUCCCACCCAGAACACUCGCAGGAUGGGACAACAGGUAGGCCGCGUGGGAGAAGGGGCUUCCGCGGGGGUCCAGACCCCACCGCAGGGGCAACAGCAGCAGGGCAGAUCGAACCGGGCCAGCAACUCCGGGAGGAAACCCCGGGACUGCGGCAGCGGGAGCAACAUCACCGGGACUCCACCGGGAAGAACGGCCGCCGCUGUCGCUGCAGCGAACAUCAUCCUGGAUCCAGGAAUUAAUGUUUUCACCCUGCAUUCAGAAGCCCUGCACAGGCCUUUUGGAUUGGACUCGACGUCACUGACGGAGGCGGUGCGCUGGAGCUCGAAGGAGAAUCUGCUGGGUGCUGCGGAGAGCGACCCCAACCUUUUUGUUGCGCUUUACGACUUUGUUGCCAGUGGCGACAACACGCUGAGCAUCACGAAAGGAGAGAAGCUGCGAGUGUUGGGGUACAACCAGAAUGGCGAGUGGAGUGAAGUCCGUUCAAAGAAUGGCCAGGGUUGGGUACCCAGUAACUACAUCACCCCCGUGAACAGUCUGGAAAAGCACAGCUGGUAUCAUGGGCCCGUGUCCCGCAGCGCCGCUGAGUACCUCCUCAGCAGCCUGAUCAACGGCAGCUUCCUAGUGAGAGAGAGCGAGAGCAGCCCUGGCCAGCUCUCCAUCUCGCUUCGCUAUGAGGGACGGGUCUAUCAUUACCGGAUCAACACCGCCUCUGAUGGAAAGGUCUAUGUAACAGCUGAAAGUCGUUUCAGCACAUUAGCUGAGCUGGUUCAUCAUCAUUCCACAGUGGCCGAUGGUCUGGUAACCACAUUACACUAUCCUGCUCCAAAAUGCAACAAGCCAACCGUCUACGGUGUCUCCCCCAUCCACGACAAGUGGGAGAUGGAGCGCACCGACAUCACCAUGAAGCACAAGUUAGGCGGAGGCCAGUACGGAGAGGUCUACGUCGGAGUUUGGAAAAAGUACAACCUCACUGUAGCCGUAAAAACACUAAAGGAGGACACCAUGGAGGUUGACGAGUUUCUGAAGGAAGCUGCAGUCAUGAAGGAGGUGAAACAUCCCAAUUUGGUACAGUUACUGGGUGUGUGUACAUUGGAGCCUCCAUUCUACAUAGUGACUGAGUACAUGCCCCAUGGGAACCUGCUGGACUAUCUGCGUGAGUGUGACAGGGAGCAGGUGAAUGCGGUGGUGCUGCUCUACAUGGCCACUCAAAUCUCCUCUGCCAUGGAGUAUCUGGAGAAGAAGAACUUCAUCCACAGGGACUUGGCAGCUCGUAAUUGUCUGGUUGGAGAGAAUCACGUGGUCAAGGUGGCUGAUUUCGGGCUGAGCCGGCUGAUGACAGGCGACACCUACACCGCUCAUGCGGGGGCCAAAUUCCCCAUCAAAUGGACCGCACCAGAGAGUCUGGCCUAUAACACCUUCUCCAUCAAAUCAGAUGUGUGGGCAUUUGGAGUUCUGCUUUGGGAGAUUGCGACGUAUGGCAUGUCUCCAUACCCAGGAAUAGACCUGUCUCAGGUGUACGAUCUGCUGGAGAAGGGCUACCGCAUGGAGCAGCCCGAGGGCUGUCCUCCUAAAGUCUACGAGCUCAUGAGAGCCUGCUGGCAGUGGAGUCCACUGGAUAGACCCUCAUUUGCUGAGAUUCAUCAGGCAUUCGAGACCAUGUUCCAUGAUUCAAGCAUCUCAGAAGAGGUAGCCGAAGAGCUGUGUAAAACCGCAUCUGGUGGGCAAGGUGGACUUGCGCACACCUUAGGCCAUGAUAUGCCGCUUUUGCCCUCAAAGUCUCGUGGGCAGAAGAAGCACUCUGAGAACAAAGAGAAUAUGGAGGAGGCAGGACCCCACGGCCCUGCAGGUCUUGCAGCAUCCCUUUUUGUGGGUGAUGGCCGCUCCAGCAGCUCUCCGGCCCUACCACGUAAACAGAGGGAUAAGUCUCCCUCUAGCUUGCUUGAGGACUCCCAGGACACAACCUUUACCCGUGACCGCAAGGCUGGCUUCUUCAGUUCUUUCAUGAAGAAGAAGUCUAUGUCUUCCUCUUCUUCUUCAUCCUCACCUCAGCAGCAACAGAAUCUCCCUAUGCCUCCCAAGAGGAGCAGCUCUUUUCGGGAGAUGGAGACCCAGCCCCAUAAAAAGUAUGAGCCAGCGGCUGGGUUUGCAUGCCCUCCUCCUCCUUCGCCCCAAACUGAUGGGUUGAGUUUCUCUCCAUCUCACGGAGAGGGGAACCAAGUGCAGUCCCACUGUUGUGGGGCCACGUUUGGACAGAAACCCUCAAGUUCAAACUCUGGAGCAACUUCUGGUCAAGUUGGAAGCAGCAGUAGUUGGGGAAGCCUUGCAGGCUUUUUCACCCCUCGCCUUAUCAAAAAGACCCUGGGAUUGAGGACUGGUAAACCUUCUGGAAUAGACGAAGGAAGUGGAACCAAGCCAUUCCCUCGUUCCAAUUCAACUUCCUCUAUGUCUGCUGGGUUGCCGGACCUGGAGCGCAUGGCGUUGACAUUACCAAGAAACCGAAGCAAACCCCCAUUAGAGCGUACAUCUUCCACCACCUCACAGCCAGAGAAUGGGGCAGUACGACCUUCGGAUGCAAUCCAGAGGAAGCUUGACGAAGGUACGGCUCAGAUACGAGAUCGUCCCAAAGCCAAACUCUUGCCACGAGGGGUCGCUGGUGGAGUAAGGGCACCAGGUGUAGGGGGAGAGGCAGAUUCAGACUCCAACACGCGGGGAAAAGAUGGGCAAGAUGACAGACAAGGCUGGUCAUCUCCAUCGAAAAUUUCCACUCUUGGUUCGGUCAACCUGCACAACCACAAAGUUCCAGUCCUGAUCUCCCCGACCCUAAAGCACAGCUCGGCCGAUGUUCACCUAGUCGGUGUGGACUCUCAGGGCAACCGCUUUAAACUGCUGCCUGACAGUGGUGAUCGUGACCGGCCGCGACUGGUGAAGCCCAAAUGUGCACCUCCUCCACCACCCAUGCUCCGCUCCCUCCAACACGCCUACAGUGCCGAUGCAGCUGACGAUGUGGUCAGUGGAAACAUAGAGGUCAAUGGAGAUGGUUUCAAAAGGUCAGGGAGAGAAGCCAGAGGAGCACGUCCAUCAAUACCACCACCACAAGUGCCUCCAGCCCCCAUAGUCCCCUCUAGUAACACCACCACCCAAACUAAAAUGGCCAACGGUGCUUCCAGUGGCGGACCUGGCGCUACUUCCACCAAACCCACCCUUAGACGAACUCGGCAGCAGACAGAGCGGAUCCCCCUGGAAAAGAUCAGCAAGGAGGCUCUUUUGGAAUGUGCUGAAUGCUUGAGUAGUGCUCUUCAAGGCAACACCGAGCUUUCCUCCAGCAGCCAGGUGCUGGAUGUGGGACACCAACUUUUGGACUACUGCUCGGGGUAUGUCGAUUGCAUCCCCCAGACACGUAAUAAAUUUGCCUUUCGUGAGGCAGUGGGGAAACUAGAGUUGAAUCUAAAGGAGCUGCGGGCUUCCUCUUCAGGUGGGGGAUUGGGACCUGGGACCAGCCCAGCUCUUGACAACUUGAACACAUGCAUUAAAGAAAUCAGUGAUGUUGUACAAAGGUAGCCACUGCGUCCACCUCCAAAACUCCUCCUCCUGUACCCCUUGAGACUUUUUUUUUGCCCCAGAAUCAAUCUAGUUUUAUUUAAAUGUUGGGGGACAGAGAAUAUUCUCUAAGAAGUACCUCAGAAAAAUACUACAAACACUCUCUAACUUUUUAUUGUUUACAGGUGACUUUCUCCUUGAAAUUGCCAGUUGGGAACAUAGUUCUUUGUAUAUAAGCUUUUUGUCAUUAUCAAAACACACACAGUUUUGUUUUUGACAAAUGAAUACUUAGAGUUGUAUCUUGGUAUGACAGAAAUCAGUUUUCACAGAUAGACAGGGGUUGCAUAGGUAAAGGUGAGCUGACUACAUGUGAACUGGUCCAUUUAUAAUGCAUUUUGUUUUUAGUUACAGAUUUCCAUUUGCUUUUUCGAAAUUUCAUUUGCGUUUGAUCCAUAGUAACUGGAUAUUGCAUCCGAAUGUCAAUGCAAACAUUUAAGACGUGAAUUGGUUUCGCUGGAGCAUAAACAACAUUGCUUGUUCAGAAGCUGUAGUAGUAAUGAAUAUAGUGCAAACACAGCUCUAUGCAAAUUUGUUCAGUCUCAUUUUACACACUAAAAGUCCUUCUGUCUACAUCCCAUACUGUCACAUUUUAUUUGACCGCAUUUGUUAAACACUAUGACAUUUGAUGACCAUUCAUAAUUUGGUAGAUCUGUUUGUAAUUACUCUUCAUUUUGACAUGGUCCAUGCAUUAUUGUUGCUAGUAGUGGUUUGUUGUGGCAUAGUUGAACAGGUGUUGGGACCGUCACCACAUGGAUCAUAUUUGGCCUUUUAUAUCCGUGGCCUUUAGAUAAUGUCCCCAUUAGCCAGAUGGUGCAAAUCUACAGUCUGACUCGUAGAGUUCUCAACACUCAAGAAUUCUAAACAUGUUUCUAGAUUUUAUUGAUUUGCUAUGGGGGAAUUAUUCGUGUGGAAAGUCUGAAUUUAUUUUAUGACCGUCAUGGUGCCAACAACACAGAAGCAGCAACACUACAGACACAAACAUUGCCAAGACUUUUAAUACAAACUACAUUUUCUUUACCACAUUGGCUUGUAACUUGAUUUUGAUUUCACUUUAGAAUGUCGCCAUUUGUAAACUUGAAUUUUAAAUUAUUUUUUAUUAAAAGCACAGCCGUUUUUAUGAUAUUGUAGAUAUUGCGUAUUAUUUUAUACCCACAAACAUGCGUGGAAGGUCAUGCUCACUUGUGUCCUUGUGGUGAGACUUUGGCGUGAGGGGCUCCAUCUGUGCAUCUGCAUUAUGAAUGUAUUCAUUUGUUUGCGUGUUUAUGUUUUUCUAUUGUCUCUUCACACAGUUCAAACUUUAUUAAACAGAAGCAUUAUUAUAAGAAACAUUUUCUUCAGGACACAAACACUUACAAAUGUUUUCUGAGUCUGUAUUCAUAAAAUGAUAGAUUUCUAUUAGAAUUUGCAUAAAUGAGAUUUUCGUGGGUACUCUGCAAUGUCAUAAUUGAAAUGUAAUGUUGAUGAUUUGUACCGAUUACACUGGAGCACAUUUUUAAAGCAUAAAUGUUAAUUGCCUUGCCUUAAUUCACUGUCUAGGGUAUGUAAUAUGGAAAUUGUUUUGCCUAUACAUCUCCAUGACAUUUCAGUUCCACUGCAACAGAAAAAAAACAUACAUGUUGUUAGUUCAAAACCUUUUUUUUUUUUUUUACUUUAAAUCAUGGAUUAAUUUGCCUACACUAAAUUGUUUUGCCUUUUUUUUCUGCCAUGGGCAAUGCUUUUCUGAUAUUACAUGGUGCCUUUUGUGAGAGAUUUAAUGUUUUGUGCACUGCAAGGUCAUGUUAAAGAUCUGUCUAUGUAAAUAUGUUUUGUGCUAAAAUAUUCAUUACCAAUUUUAAGGUGGCAAAUGGGAUUUAUCAUUCAAGCUGCCCUGUUCAGACAUCUGGGUAUGUGAGGUGUCCAACUUGAAUAGGAAAAGUGCAAUGAUCUGUCCUUUACUAAGAAAAAGACAGUGCUUGAAGUCUGGUCUCCUUUUACUGAAAGAGCCCGUGAACUUGUUUUGCUUUGCCAGGUAUACCUCUAUUGUCAUCACAUUAACAGAGAAAAAAUAUUUUUCAUGUGUGAUUUAGCGGUUCUUUAUUUCAUAACAAAUGCAGGUCAUAGAUUCCAUUGAUUAUUAUGUGUGAAAAUGUUUCAUUACCAAACAGCUGAGGGGGAAAAGAGUAAGUGACUGUUUUGUAUAUCAGAUUUACAUGAUUGUCAGGGAGCAGUUUGCCUUUAUUCAAAAUUUUAGUAAACAGCCGUUGGUGUUUUUUUUUUUCUAUUUUAUUACCCCUUAUCACUGCAAUUUUUUUUCUUUUGCUAUAAUCAGUCAGUUUUAUUUUAGAUAACCUCUUCUGAAAGUUUGCGCAUUGUAUGAUAUUUUAUUGUAUCAUGUAUAGAGGAACAAUUCAGAGAGAACCAUCUUGUGCUUAUAGUUUGUUUUAUGAACAAUAAGGCCUCUGAGGUGCAAAGUCAUAUUUUCUGUCUCACAAUCAUUAGAAUUCAGUCCUAAUGAAUCAGGGUUUUUUUUUCUUCACAUUUUUAUUUAUUUUUGAUUUAUUUAUCGAUCUACUUAUUUUAUGGUGAAUCCUGGAACUCACCUUUUUUGGAGACUGUCUUUCUAUAAGGUCAGAUUUUAAGUGCAGAAGAAAUUUCUAUACCAAAGGCCACCUCUCUAGUCCUUCAAGUGCAAUGAAAAUAAAACACUCUUAAUUUUAAAUAUGUGAAUUUAACAGGGAUUAAAAAGGCAGAGGUUGACAGAUUAACACAGUAUUUUUUUUCUGUUUUGUAAAAAGUAUAUUUUGUGUGAUUCUAAUUUAAAGCUCACUUUUAAUAUUAUAUUACUGUGAAGUCCAGUGUUACACUUGAUGUAAAUAAUGAAUAAAGAAACUGUUGAAA